GGGUUGUAACAGAGUAUCAGAGCGAGACAUUUCUACCUGUCAGCUAGUAAUUGUUCUGUGUGGUGACAUGAGCAGAGUGGCCUGACUUCUCCCACUUAUUACAGAUGUCCGACUUAGAUAUGUUGAGCAUCCUGCUAUGAUGUCCAUCACCAAGCCGGAACACACCGAGGCCAACCCUCAGUGCCAGACUGGCAGCCGGCCGGUGGCUGAGCCCGAGACCCCUGCUGUGCACAAUAACAGUGGAGGCUGGCUCAGCUGGGUCUUUGGGAGUGGAAGAGUUAAUAGGAAGGAGAUUCAUCUACCUGAGGACAAAGACAGAUCUAUUGUCUGGGAUCCAACUCUGCACAGAUGGGUUAACAAAACUGAGCCCAAGGCUGAGAACAAGUGUGUACCACCACCUCCACCGAUGGAUGGAUAUCAGGGGAACACUGGCAAUGUCCCCAAAGGAGUGAAUCCUUACUCUAUGAAAGCAGGUGAAUAUUGCUUUAGAAUACAUGUGGUUUAA